AUGUGCACGGAAGGUAGUGCCGUGGGAAACUGUCAGGCAUUUGUUUUCCUAUUUUUUAUUCCUAAACUAAAAUUAAAACAAUUUUUGACUCCAAACGGAUACACACACGUAUCUACAGCACACACGUCACACAUACACACUCCCAUGCAUGCAAGCAUAUCUCAUCCACACGACGUGCAAACACUCACAACCAGCGUAUGCAGAAGUCUUCGUGGAAAGCUGAGACAAGUAUGUAUGUUGAGACCUCCUGACACGAAGGAACUCUCAAUAUUUCAGCGUUACGUCUGCAUGAAAUAUGAAAUAUAA